GCAGUGACGCUCUGUAUCCUGCGAGGAGACUUGGUUACUGCCGCAUCCAAAUGAACCUCGCCUCUCUCUGCGGUCGUUAACAGCAAAACAAAGAAGAACAAAUCGGUAGUUGCAGAAAAAGAGACUCAUAUCCAAUCAUAUCAUGACGGACAACACUAAAACGCACGUUAUUUUGCUGUCAUGUGGAAGUUUUAACCCCAUCACUAAAGGACACAUUCAUAUGUUUGAAAAAGCCAGAGAAUACCUGCACAAAACAGGGAAGUUCAUUGUGAUUGGGGGUAUCAUUUCACCUGUACAUGACUCCUAUGGCAAACCGGGCCUCGUCCCCAGCAGACAUCGUCUCACCAUGUGUCAACUGGCAGUCCAGUCUUCCGACUGGAUCAGAGUGGAUCCCUGGGAGUGCUACCAGGACACAUGGCAGACUACAUGCAGCGUGCUGGAGCAUCAUCGUGACCUCAUGAAGAGAGUCACAGGGUGCAUUCUGUCCAAUGUGAACACACCGUCCACAACUCCAGUGAUCGGCCAACCACAGAAUGAGACUCAGACUGCCAUCUAUCAGAACCACAACACAAUGAACAACAAGCCCUCUGCCAGUGAGGGAUCAUUUAAGCUUUGGGGGAAGAUGAGCGAGAGCUUGGGCAAAAUUUGCUGUGUUCGCCCCCACAUUGAUCGUUUUACCUUUGUGGAUGAAAAUGCCAACCUUGGUACUGCAAUGCGAUAUGAGGAAAUUGAGUUGCGCAUCUUGCUUCUGUGUGGCAGUGAUCUUCUGGAGUCAUUCUGCAUCCCUGGCUUAUGGAAAGACAGUGAUAUGGAGGUGAUUGUGGGAGACUUUGGGAUUGUUGUUGUGCCUCGGGAUGGAGUUGAUACAGAGAGGAUAAUGAACCAUUCCUCUGUGCUGCGCAAGAACAAGGAUAACAUCACAGUAGUAAAAGACGAUGCCAACCACCCUAUGUCCAUUGUCAGCUCAACCAAGAGCAGACUGGCCCUGCAGCACGGGGACGGCCAUGUGGUGGACUACCUGAACCAGACAGUCAUCGACUACAUCCUGCAGAGUCAGCUCUACAUCAAUGCCUCUGGAUAGGAACUACUGCUCCGGCCUACUGUCAUAUUGUCCCCGUCUCUCUCUCAUGUAAAAUGUAUACUCCUCUUGAGCUACUGCUUUUCCAUUCGAAGGAGCAUUAGAUAUGCAUUUCCCUUCUUACUGUAUCAUAGUGACUCAUCGGACCUGUGGAUGUACUGUACAGCGAGGUGCUUAUGAGCUGUGUGUACGGUGGACCACCUUCACAACUGACUUAGUGUAGGCUGCGCCGGCCGCAUGGGAUAGUGUUUUUGUCUGUCCCAAAUGGCACCCUAUUCCCUAUAUAGUGCACUACUUUUGACCAGGGCCUGUAGGGCUCUGGUAAAAAAAAUGGUGCACUUUUUAUUCAAUACGGUGCCAUUUGGGAUGCAACCCUUGGUGUCAUGAAGAGAGGGUGCAGAGAUUGUUACCGAAUGAAUGUUGGCCUUUGCUGUUUGAUUUAAAUCUGUCGGUUCUUAGACUGCAUGCUUAGAACGUUGUUGUUUGUUUUGGCAUGAGUACUUACUCACUUCAUAGAUAUAUGUUGUGAAAGUGUUUGCAAAAAGACAAACAUAUAGUGGGUACCCAUCUCUCACUUCAUUUUCUAUUCACUAUAAUUCUACUGUGUGUACAGAAGUAUCUGUAUUGAUGUAUUUGCGAUUGCAUAUCAAUGCCUAAAUGUUUUGUCUUCAGUGGGCAUUCGUGGAAAAUUUAGAUUUGUUUGCAUAAGACAAUGAUUUGUACAUUGAUUUAUUUUUGUGUGCAAAUGACUUUGCACAUUUCUCCUGCUUGCCACUAAGCAAAUUACCACGACUCCCAAAGCAAAUGCAAUGAACCUGUUUCUUACUAUGUGCUAUGUAGCUAGUUACUUGAGAUUCUUAAAAAAAUGUGUCUAGUGGAAAAAGCAACAGCACAAACUACAGAAGUGCAUUCCAUGUGCCUGGGGAUGAAUUCACAGAUAUAACAGUCUCCCGCUCCCUUGCACUCAACACUGUCAUAAUAUCAUCUACCUGAUAUAAAAUGUGCUCUAAUGUUGUUCUGCAAAGGAAGUGGGGACAUAGCCUUUGAUCAAUAGUUUCUUACUGAAGCUUCUCAUGUUCAGUGCCAGGACACUUUAGACAGUUCAGUUUAAUGGGCAUUGAGUGUAAUCAUUGAUUUGUGCAGUAAUGAUUUCACAGGGUAAUAGGGUGUAUACAGUAUGUGCACAUCACAGGACAUUGGUGGCACCUUAGUUGGAGAGUACAGGCUCUUGGUAAUGGCUGGAGCGGAAUAAGUGGAAUGGUAUUAAACACAUCAAACACA